CAUCCUCGCACCGUCUGCGCCCCAGUCUCCGUCUCCCUCUGCCUCCCCCCCCGUCCACCUCGACGCCGCUGUUCGCCGCUCCUCGCCGCCGCCGCCGCAGCUCGCUGUUGUUGCCGCUCGUCCCUCGUCGCCGCCGUCGCUCGCACCCCUGCUCGUGCUCGAAGGCCGCACCGGCACGGCAAACGCCUCGCGCGUUCCGCUGGCGCCUUCCGCCGCGCCCCGAUGAUUGCCGCAGCUGCCUUCCGGCUGCACGCCCCCGCGGGUACGAGGCCAACGGCUUGGCCGCUCCCCUCUGCCUGCCGGGGCGGGCCGGCCGGUGCGGUGCUGCUCGGGGCGCCGCGGGCCCUGCUGUCGGGCCGGCGCUGCGGCGCGGCGGGCGCCGUCCUCGGCCUCUGCGCCGCGACGCGCGCGGCGCUGGCGCGGGGCCGUGCGCGGGGCGGUGCGCGCCGCGGGCCCGCGUGGACGUGGGGCAGGACCUCCGCGACCUCGGUGCUGGCCCAGGUGGGCGAGGCCGCCCCCGCGCCGAGCUCGAGCGCGGCGGUCCAGGAGAUCCUGCGCGUGGCAGGCGAGCUGCAGGCCGCUGGCACCUGGCGGCCAGACUGCAAGGGCGGCGGCGGCGCGGCCGAGUACCUGGCCGAGCACCUCGCGCUGGGGCGCGAGCCCGCCGCGCCGUGGCCGACCUGCGGCUCGCGCGGGCUCUUCGUCGUGUUCGAGGGCCUGGACCGCAGCGGCAAGUCGACGCACAGCAAGCUCUUGGCAGAGCACCUCGGGAGCGAGGCGCCAGUAAGGUGGAUGUGCUUCCCGGACCGAUCCUCUCCGAUCGGGAGCCUCCUGGACCUCUACCUGCGGAAGCAAGCCAGCCUUUCCAUCUCGGCGGUCCACCUGUUAUUCUCUGCCAACCGCUGGGAGCAGGCGGCCUCGAUCGCCGAAGACCUGAACAGCGGGACGCACGUAAUCUGCGACAGGUAUGCCUUCUCCGGAGCGGCGUACUCCAUCGCGAACGGGCUGGACCUGGGCUUCUGCCAGGCGCCGGACCGGGGCCUGCCGGCCCCCGACCUGGUGUGCUUCAUGCGGGUCUGCCCGGAGGAGGCCGCACAGCGGGAGGACUACGGGCUCUCGCGCUACGAGUACCCCGAGAUGCAGGCCAAGGUCGGGAAGGCCUUCGACCUCCCGGGCCUGCGGGCGGGCGUGGCCUGGCAUGACUUCGACAGCCGCCGUUCGCAGGAGGUGAACCAGGCCGAGGUCCGCGACGCUGCGCGACAGGCGCUGGCGCGGUCGGGGCCAGGCACAGCGCCCCCCCUGCGACAGCUGUGGGCGGACUGAGGGGCCCGCGGACUUCGCAUGACUUCGGUGCGGGUCUCUUCUCACGGUCGUCGGACCGACCGUGCUGCCCUGGCCGCUGGUCAUCGGAGUUGCCCCAAGCCUUCCACGGGCCAGCAGUUCACAGUGCCAGGCACUCCAGAACUAGAGGAGGUUACCUGCGGCGUUUGCUGUGUGGCUCGUGCUCGCGCGGCGCCUGCCAGAAGCCGCGUUGGCCUGCGCCGCCACAGCUUGCUCUUUGGGAUGCGCGCCGCAUGGGGUGGCGGAGCGUGGGGGAUGUCUCGCGUUGGAAAAAA